GUACCCUUUUUCGCCGUCGCGACGCUCAAACGAACGAUAAGCGUCUACUGUGUGGCUGUGACGCCGGGCAGCGCACACGCGGAUUUAAUUUCAGUUUUUCUGUUACGACAACGACUUGUUGUGUACUUGACUUAACGUUAACGAGCAAAAGUUUUCUUCACACACAAGAUGUCUUCCUCGGUGGCGAGAGCCUCAAGGUAUUCUUACCGUUCAUCAGGAGCUGCUGGAAACGCUGACGUUAGUGUCGAAUAUAGCGCCGAUUUGAGUGCCCUUACUCGACUUGAGGACAAAAUUCGACUCCUUCAGGAUGACCUUGAAUCAGAGAGAGAACUUCGAGCUAGGGUAAGACAAUAACGUUUUGCCCUACAUUUGCU